UUCCCGGUAACAGAGGAAAAAAAAAAAAAUGUGACUUUCUGUCAUUAUAGUUUCUUAAGAGUGUAAUGUAGUUCAUACAAUGUUGUUUUGUACUUUCUUUUGAGACAGGUCUUACUACAUAGCCUAGGUUGGCCUUAACUCCCUGUGUAGCUCAGGCUGGCCUCGAACUUCAGAUUUUCCUGCCCCAACCUCCUCAGUGCUACUAUUGCAGAUGUGCACCAUCGUGCACCAUUCUCAUUCUGGACUGUAAGCUCAAAAUCAAAGCUAGUUUUUCUCUUCACAUACUAUAGAAAUGAUGCCUGAAAUUAUACCCUUUAGUUUUUCUUGUCACCUAGUCAAGACAUUUCUCUGAGAAAUUAUAUGUGAACUGAGAAUUUAGUUUUAUUAGCAAUAGUUAAACAGAAAGGUACAAGUAGGUACUUAGUAAAUAUGAGUGUAUAUAGCAUUGGAAAUUGAAGUGUCUGACUAUAAAAGGAAAUAUACAUUUAGGAGGCAUGGAAUACUUUAUGGAAGGUUCUGAAAUAGAAUUAUGAAUAUUUUUAGAUUAGCAUGAUUCUAAAUGUCCCAAGGCAAUUAUUAAAGUGCGGUAGAGGGCUGAGGAUGUAGUUCAGUGGCAGCUGCUUGCUGGAGACCUGGAUGCAGGCUCUGCUGGCUGGAGUGCUGUGUCUUCAUUAAGUGAUGUUACCAAUCGCACACUUUCUGCAGGACCAGUACCUGGUGCUGUUUAUUCAAUCUCAGCUGUACCUGAUACGUCAGAACCAUCACCACCAAAAGAUCGAGGUGAUGGCAUUGCGCUGCCACAGAAAAUUCUUUUUCCCUCAGAGAAGAUUUAUCUUAAGUGGCAGAAAACGGAUGACAUUGGCGCUGGGCUUCAGAAUCUGAGCAACACCUGUUAUGCCAAUGCAGCAUUACAGUGUUUGACAUACACACCACCUCUUGCCAAUUACAUGUUAUCCCAGGAACACUCCAGGAUGUGUCAUGUGGAAGGAUUUUGUAUGAUGUGUACAAUGCAAGACCAUAUUACCCAGGCACUCAAUAGUCCUGGGGACGUUAUUCAACCCAAGUUUGUCAUCCAUGAAAUGGAGCGUAUAGCUAGGAACUUCUGUUUUGGAAAGCAAGAAGAUGCCCAUGAAUUUCUUCAGUACAUCAUUGACGCUAUGCAGGAAGCAUGCUUGACUGGCAUCGAUGCAUUUGACAGACACACCCAGGCCACCACACUGAUGUAUCAGAUAUUUGGAGGGUAUCUAAGAUCCAGAGUCCAAUGUUUAAAUUGCAAGGGUGUUUCAGACACUUUUGAGCCAUGUCUUGAUAUUACAUUGGAGAUAAAGGCUGCUCCGAGUGUUAACAAGGCAUUGGAGCAGUUUGUGAAGCCGGAACAGCUCGAUGGCGAGAACUGCUACAAGUGUAGCAAGUGCAAAAAUAUGGUUCCGGCUUCAAAGAGGCUUUCCAUACACAGAUCACCUAAUGUUCUUACACUUUCUCUGAAACGCUUUGCAAAUUAUUUUGGUGGAAAGAUUUCUAAGGAUGUGAAAUAUCCUGAGUAUCUUGAUAUUCGGCCAUACAUGUCUGAACCAAAUGGAGAACCCGUUAUUUAUGCUUUGUAUGCAGUGUUGGUCCACAGUGGAUAUAACUGCCGUACAGGCCAUUACUUCUGUUACGUGAAAGCUAGCAACGGCCUGUGGUAUCACAUGAAUGACUCCACUGUAUCUGCUAGUGAUAUUAGAUCGGUACUCAGCCAACAAGCAUAUGUGCUCUUUUAUAUCAGGUCCCACGAUGUCAAAAAUGUAAAUGAACUUACUCAUUCCACUCGUCAUCCCGGUCAGUCCUCUCCCCGCCUGGUCACCAGUCAUCAGGGUGUCACCAACAAGCAGGCCGCAUCCGGGCUUACUGGCCCACAGUUUCCCUCUCACAAGAGAAAGAAAUCACCUCACUUGAACGGGACCAGGCCAAGAAGUUCCAUGGCCAGUCCGAAUGGAAGUCCCCGUGUCAGCAGGGUUAGUCCUGCUGACACUCCUACAGGAGUUAGCUGCCACCCUGCGAUGGCAGAGCACCCUAAGGAACAAAACCUCACCAACGGCAUUCAGGACAAGCCUGUUCUGCAAGCGCAAUCUCAGCCUAACCAACACAGCAAUUCCGGGGAGGCCCCUAACAAACCUGUUCCUCCUACCACCAUCUGCUGCUCUGCAGUACAGUCCACCCUGAAUGCACUGUCAGUGUUGAUUUACAGUGAAGCAGCAGAGCCACUCUCCCCAAGCAAGUCAUGCUCCAAGCCAGUGAUAAAUGGCGAGUCCAAGGUGAGCUCCAGUGUGCUGGUCCCUAGGAUGCAGUCAUCCAAAGAGUCUGACUAGGGUUCCAAGGGCCUGGCAAAGGGGAACGGUGUGGGCAGGAUGGCCACAGCUCACCAUGCUGGCCAUGAUGCCAAAGAUGAGGAGGCCCCGCCACUUGAGCUUCAAGAACCUGUCACUCUAAAUGGUGCUACUAGUACAGACAGUGACCCAAUGGAAAACGGCCUGUCAUUUGAGGGUGCCAGUUGCCAAGUCCAGCCUGCUUUGCACUCAGAAAAUCUCUUUUCUAAAGCAAAUGGCCUUCCUGGGGCCGUGAGUUGGUUGGGGAAGGCUUGGUUUGAGCCUCAUCUGUGGCCUAUUCACUCAGCCAGAUUUCGGUCAGCACGGACCUCACAGCUAGUGCUGAAAGGUCUUUGUUUUUUAUUGUAGUUACCAGCUGCUUCCUUGCCUUCUAUUCCGGAAGACAAACCUUUAGGGACCUUCAGGCUUAGCGACGAAGUAAAAGGCUCAACAGAUGAA